AUGGCUGAUGAUGAUGAUUACCAAGAGAUGGAGGAUGAUUUCGGAGAUGACGAUGAUAUGGUCGAUGCCGACAUGGAACAAAAUGAAGAAGAUGAUGGCCACGAACGUGUAGACAUAAUUGAUGCUGAUAAAGGAACCGCUUCUCAAGACCGGGUUACCACUCCUUUUAUGACAAAGUAUGAAAGAGCUAGAGUUCUUGGUACCCGUGCUCUUCAAAUAGCAAUGGGGGCACCUGUUAUGGUUGAAUUAGAAGGAGAAACUGAUCCAUUAGAGAUAGCUAGAAAAGAGUUAAAGCAUCGUCGCAUUCCUAUCAUUGUUCGUCGGUAUUUGCCCGACGGCUCUUUCGAAGACUGGGGAGUCGACCAGCUUUAUGUUACCGAUUGGUAG